AUGACGCAUUUGGUGGAGAGCGAUGUAACUAAUGAUGGCAGCUGGCAAAUUUCGAUUUUGGUUACUGAUUUGAACAUCCAGCGAAAUUUAUAUGUUACCGGGUCGUUGCACAUUGGUGGUUUAAUGCUUAGACUGGUCGAUGAAGUUGAUGUGAGCAAAGAUUGGAGCGAUCAUGCACUUUGGUGGCCCGAAAAAAGACGUUGGCUCACUCAUACACGCAGCACUCUGGAUCAAAUUGGUAUUACCGCAAAUUGCAACUUGGAGUUUACUCCUCAGCACAAGCUGGCAAUCGUGCAAUUACCGGAUUUACAAAUGAUUGAUGCACGCUUGGAUUUUUCCGUUAAUACUGUUCGUGCCACACAACAACUUUGUCGAGAAAUCGGCAUAAGGUACUCUGAGGAAUUGUCGCUAGUACGAUUUAUACCACCGGAGCUUCUUAGGAAAGGUCUCGGAUUUGAGCUAGAUCAAGCUGGUCCGCAGCAACUGCCACACUUAGAAGAAUCAAUUGGUCCUGGGACCCUUCGACGACAGAAACCGAUUAGUGCAUCAACUUCCAACUUAUCUCGACCACUUCGCCGAGGUACCAGUCCAGGGUUGUCAACGAGUGGCCAAAUAUUUAAUGCUAGUGAGCUUGGCUCACUUCCGCGUGCAGGAACAGUUCCACGAGGCGUGAGCCCUGGUCCUGGUGCUUACGGUGGUUCAAUUGGUCGCAACCCCAUUAUGCCUUCCGUUUCAUUCUGUGAAGGGCUCGAAAAUGAGCAGUAUGAUAUGGCGCUUGUGCAGUCACCACGAAUUAUUCCUAGUAAAGAAAUGAGUGUCUUUAGGCCACAGAAUUAUGCAGAAAAAGCAGCGCUCAAUCGUGGUUGGCUUGAUUCGUCGAGGUCCCUUAUGGAGCAAGGCAUAUCCGAAGGUGACAUGGUUCUUCUACGAUUCAAAUACAUGUCAUUUUUUGACAUAAAUCCUAAGUACGACCCGGUACGUAUCAAUCAGUUGUACGAGCAGGCGAAAUGGUCGAUUCUACUUGAAGAAUUUGAUCAUACUGAGGAAGAAGCUAUGCUUUUUGCUGCAUUGCAAUUACAAGCUACCCUACAGCGUGAUUUGCCGGAACCAGAAGUUCCAGAGAAAGAUGAUGUGGAUUUAUUACUUGAUGAACUUGAGCAAAAUCUGGACGCUGCAGCUUUCAAUCGUAAGGCGGAUCUUACGCAAGUGCCUGAACUUGCCGAUUAUCUCAAAUAUAUGAAGCCGAAAAAAAUAGCAUUCAAAGGCUUUAAACGAGCAUAUUUCUCAUUUCGAGAUUUACAUCUCAGUUGGCAUCAGAAUUCGAAUGACAUGAACGGUCCACCAGUGGGGCAUUUCUGUCUUAAAGGAUGUGAAGUAACACCAGAUGUUUUUUUGGCACAAUCAAAAUUCCAUAUCAAACUGCUUAUACCGAGUAGUGAAGGCAUGAGUGAAAUGAUUUUAAAGUGUGACACGGAGCAUCAAUAUGCGCGUUGGAUGGCUGCAUGCCGUCUUGCUUCGCGUGGAAAAACGAUGGCUGAUGCGAGUUAUCAGUUAGAAGUUGAUUCUAUUAAAAAACUUCUUCAAAUGCAGUUAGGAGUGGCAGGUGCGCAGAAUAGCGCUAUGAAAAAACAUCUUGCUGUAGAAUUGCCUCCUGAUUUUAAUGUUGAUGAAUUUGUUUCACAGAGAUAUGCUCGUAGGGCACGUUCAAGGCAAGCACUCCAACAACGAAUCACGGAAGCACAUUCAAGUGUUCGAAAUCUGUCGAGCACGGAAGCAAAAUUACAAUACAUACGAGCGUGGGAAGCACUACCAGAACAUGGCAUCCAUUACUUCAUCGUUCGAUUCAGAAAUAGUAGGAAAUCGGAAUUGAUGGGUAUUGCUUUCAAUAGAAUAAUGAGAAUGAAUAUAGAUACGGGAGAAAGUUUGAAAACAUGGAGGUUUUCAACGAUGAAAAAGUGGCAUGUGAAUUGGGAAAUUCGACAUCUAAAAAUACAGUUCGAAGAUGAAGAUAUCGAAUUCAAACCUCUGUCUGCGGAUUGCAAGGUUGCACAUGAAUUUAUUGGUGGUUAUAUUUUCCUGUCGCUGCGAAACAAGGAACAAAAUCAAGCAUUGAAUGAAGAGCUUUUCCACAAAUUAACUGGUGGAUGGGCUUAA